ACUCAUCGUCGCAAUCGGAAGGGAAAAAUACUUGGGUGCUUUUAUUUCGUACAUUUUUGUAAUUUUUGUAUUUUAUCGUGUCGUGUUCAACGUGUGCGAGUAUUUAUUGUUGCUGUAUAAUUGUACAAUUGCCGACGGCUAAAAAUACAAUACGUACAUUAAAAAGAGUAGCAGCCGCUAGCUAACGGAGUGCCACGUUCUCGCGUUCUACAAAACUACUCUCUCCACUACACACACACAACACACUAUAUUUAAUUAAUUUCAAACAAAAAACCGCAUGGCAACAACAAUCCCAACAAUUUCAAUGAAAUAAACUAUAAUUUCAAGCGUUAUCAACGUGCAUUUGUUAUAAACCAAAACGCGUGCAAAUUGUCCAGUGCCACAAAAAGAGAGAAGUCCGGAAAAAGUCAUAUCUCCUUUAGUGAUUUUCCAAUGUAGCCCUUCACGCUUGAUUAACACGAGAGCGUUGUGUGACUAUAUAGCAGUUUCGUGUUAAACUCUUCAAAUAUCGUACAAAGUGGCCGACUAUAGCAAAGAUCCAAAGAAUUCUCCUCCAUACCACAAAUUUCCCCAGCGAAUUUCACUCAAGUGCUAGCGCAACAUUCGCCUGAGUCACGAGCCAUUUCAAUUUUCCGUUCUUCAAAUGGGUUGACUUGUGAUAUUGCAGCUUCCUGGACCCGGGAAACAAAAGGGAUACAACUUGAACCUCAAAAAAGACAUAGCCCAAGAUAACAUCAGAAAUACCAUCCACAACAUCCAUCCAGCCAACCAUAGGAUAAACCCCGACAAUAGAACCCAGUUGAACUGUUUGGAAUCGCUGCAAGACCAAUGAACUACUCGGCCACAUCGCUGUACAGCGUGGCCACCAUCUACAGCACCUGCUCCCGCUUCUACGCCUGCUCCAGCACCAGCGCCUGCAUACCCCAACAGCACACUGGCCAAGUGAUUCGUCAACGUUUUGGCCACUCGUACGCAGCACGUGCCGAUCUCAAUUAUAGCCAGGAAUACUGAUACCGAUACUCCGAUACGACCCGCAAC